GAAGCGAUUAUUUUUGUUUGGAACUUGGAAGUUACAAUCGUUUGCCUCGAUUAUCACAAUUCAAUACGUAUCUUUUAUAACAUUAUAAUAUCUCAAAAUGGAAAAGCCACAGAAAAUGCCGAAGGUGGCAAAGGUGAAAAACAAAGCGCCAGCGGAAAUUCAAAUCACCGCCGAGCAGCUGCUGCGGGAAGCGAAGGAACGCGAUCUGGAAAUUCUUCCACCACCACCGAAGCAAAAAAUUUCCGAUGCCGCUGAAUUGGCAGACUAUCAGCAGCGGAAGCGAAAAACUUUCGAAGAUAACCUGCGCAAAAAUCGAAUGGUCGUCAGCAACUGGAUUAAGUAUGCCCAGUGGGAAGAAUCACAGAAAGAGAUCCAGCGGGCGCGGUCCAUAUGGGAACGAGCAAUCGACAAUGAUCACCGAAACAUUACCAUCUGGCUGAAAUACGCCGAGAUGGAAAUGAAGAAUCGACAGGUGAACCAUGCCAGAAAUUUGUGGGAUCGAGCCGUGACCGUGCUGCCACGGGUCAAUCAAUUCUGGUAUAAAUACACGUACAUGGAAGAGAUGCUGGAAAAUGUUGCGGGAGCGAGACAGGUUUUUGAGCGCUGGAUCGAAUGGCAACCAGAGGAACAAGCGUGGCAGACGUACAUAAAUUUCGAGCUUCGCUACAAAGAGAUUGACCGUGCAAGGCAGAUUUAUGAGCGUUUUGUAAUGGUCCAUCCGGAGGUGAAGAACUGGAUUAAAUUUGCUAGAUUUGAGGAAUCGCACGGAUUUAUACACGGAGCUCGCUCGGUGUAUGAGAGGGCAAUUGAAUUUUUUGGCGAAGACAAUGCUGACGAAAGACUUUUUAUCGCUUUUGCUCGGUUCGAAGAGGGACAAAAAGAACACGAUCGAGUACGGGUUAUUUACAAAUAUUCGCUUGAUCAUCUGCCGAAGGAUCGAACGGGGGAGUUAUACAAAGCAUACACCAUUCACGAGAAAAAGUAUGGCGAUCGGUCGGGAAUUGAAGACGUCAUCGUAUCGAAGAGAAAGUUCCAGUAUGAGCAGGAAGUGGCUGAAAAUCCAACGAACUACGAUGCAUGGUUUGAUUAUUUACGGCUAGUGGAAAAUGAAACAAAUCUGGAACUCAUCAGAGAAACGUACGAAAGAGCCAUCGCAAAUGUUCCGCCAGCCAAGGAUAAAAAUCUUUGGCGAAGGUACAUUUAUCUGUGGAUCAACUAUGCCCUGUACGAAGAGCUAGAAGCAGAAGACCUGGAACGAACCCGCCAAAUCUACAAAACUUGUCUUGAGCUGAUCCCGCACAAGAUAUUCACAUUCAGUAAAAUCUGGUUGCUGUACGCGCAGUUUGAGAUCCGCUGUAAAAACCUGAAGGUGGCUCGUAAAACACUCGGAAUGGCCAUCGGAAUGUGCCCUCGUGAUAAACUAUUUCGUGGGUACAUCGAUUUGGAAAUUCAACUGCGAGAAUUUGACCGUUGUCGAAUUUUGUACGAAAAAUUCCUCGAGUUUGCGCCGGAGAACUGCAUCACGUGGAUGAAGUUUGCCGAGCUGGAAUCGCUUCUCGGUGACAUUGAUCGAGCCCGCGCUAUCUACGAGCUGGCUAUUCAACAGCCACGAUUGGACAUGCCGGAGCUGUUGUGGAAGAGCUAUAUCGAUUUUGAGGUACAGCAGAAUGAAUUCGAGUUUGGUCGCCAGUUGUACGAACGGUUGCUUGAGCGGACAACUCAUGUUAAAGUUUGGAUUUCCUAUGCCAAGUUUGAGAUGGCCGCUGAAAGUGAGGACGAUAUUAACGUUGCCCUAUCUCGACGAGUUUAUGAGCGGGCUAACGAUAGCUUGAAGAAUGCUGUCGAGAAGGAAUCCCGUGUGCUGAUUCUCGAAGCUUGGCGAGAUUUCGAGAAAGAGCACGGCGAUGCGGACAGUUUGAGAAAGGUAAUGGCCAAAAUGCCCAGGAAGGUUAAAAAACGGCAAAAGAUCGUUUCCGAAAGUGGUGUGGAAGAAGGCUGGGAAGAGGUGUUCGAUUUUAUCUUCCCUGAAGAUGAGAUGGCUCGACCGAAUCUGAAACUGCUUGCUGCAGCCAAAAAUUGGAAGAAGCAGAAAGAUGUUACGCCUGUCGUUGCUGCUGCUGCAAGCGCUGCCGAUACUACUGAAAUGCCAGAAGCAGAAAAUACGAGAAAUUUGGCAAUGGAGAAAGAGGUGAAAAGUUAAUCGA